AUGAUCCGAUCGGCGAGACCAAAAUUGACGAUCGAUUCACUGAGUUACAAUCUUCUCCAGAGAUGUUACGCUAGUGGAACCCCAAAGGGAAAAUCCAAGCUGAAGACAAGGCAAGCGUUGAAGCGCUUCAAUAAAGGCGGCGGUGGAAAUGGAGAGGAGGCGGGUAAGGGAAGAGGAAGAAACUCCGAUGAGAAGCAGAAGCUAUACGAUCAAUGCAUAAACGCUCCUUGCCCUGUUCGCUACCUGAAGCCGAAGGAGAGAGAGCGAGAGGCGAUGCGAGAGAAGCUCGGGCUAAUCAGCAAGGCGAGGCAGCGAGAGAUCGAGAUCCAGAAGAAAUCCGGAAAUUUCUCAGCGAAAGUCUCCGACGAACCGAUGAGGAUCGGGGCUCCGGGAUUGGAUUACAUUUCGUUGGGGAUUUUCACGGAGGACGAGUUGCCGAAGUACAAGGUGACGGUGGAGGACGGGAAGAGACUCGCGAAGGAGUAUAGUAGAGUGCUUAUGAGAGAGCACAGAGCGAAACAAGUGGCGGAGAAGAAUCUGAUGAAAUUGCAGGAGGCGGCGGUGGAGGCAUUGCCGGAGGGUCUGAAGAUGGCGGAUUUGACUCCGUUUCCGGCGAUUCGGGGUGCGGCUACUCUCACACCGCCUAUUGAAGGGUAUCUCGAGAAGAUUAUGAAUGCAGCUAAGAGGAGGAACUCAGGUAAAGAAAAGUUGAGAUGA